AUGUUCUCGUGCGCUCUACUCUUCGCAAUUUAUGGGUUUGUGGCCUCAGACGAGGGAACUGAAGCCUCGUUGGCGGUUGUUGUUGAUCUACACGAUUACACUAACCCUGGAAACUACAUUUGGUUUGAUAUCGCCGAAAUCAUCAUGCAUAAAGACUACAACAAAGGAACUGGAGGUUUCCCGAAUGAUGUGGCGCUCCUUCGAUUAGUACCGCAUGGACAAGAUAUCACAAAGAACAUCAUCAAGAUUGCAAGAGGAACCAAUGAUUAUACUGGCCAGAUAUGUACCAUCAGUGGUUGGGGGGUCAAGGUUGAUGGCUCUGGUGCUUCGAAACUGAAGAAAGCUGAUGUAUCUGUGUUAAGCAUGAAUCAAUGUGUGAACUACUGGGGAGAUAGGAACAUUCUUGACCAACAUGUUUGCGUCAAAGGAUACGAUACCACCGAAGGAAGCGGAUCUUGCAAUGGUGACAGCGGCGGACCAUUAGUCUGUGGAAAUGAGCUCGUUGGUGUAACAUCUUGGGGAUUCUCCGGAUGUCACCAAAACGGUGUUGUGACACACCCAAGUGUGUACGCUCGUGUUUCCUACUUCUAUGACUGGGUGAACGCUAACUGCGGAAACUGCAAUGUCUAGAUUACUUGUUUGUUUCUUGUUCUUUUACAAUUGAAAUAAAAAGCAAAGUU